GCAGCGUUAAUACACGCCUUGAAAAUUUGUGUCAGUUAAACGCUUAGAAAGUUCAAAGCUCGACAACACGUUUCGCGCAUAAGGGAACUAUAAUGAGCUGAUAUCUGGGAUUUCUGCUCACCUGGUUAGAACCUGAGCCACCACCAAUACCUUCCCUAACUCGAACUGCCAGGCAUCAAUGCGGAUUAACCUUGGAUCCACUACCAAGCCUUCUCUGGUGCGGUAGUCUUCCCUGGAUCCAGACCUCCACCGGGCCCCCACCAUGUCAGAGCCCCCGGACCCUGGUGAGGAGAUCCGUGACUGGCUCGCGAGCCUGCACCUUCCCCAAUACGCUGAGGACUUCCAGCUGGGCGGCUUACGGUGCCUGGAGGACUGUGGGGGGCUAAGUGACCAGCGCCUCCUUGAGCUAAGGGUGUUCCCUACAGGCCACCGCCGAAGGAUCUUGCGUAGCCUCGAAGCCCGCAGAGUGGCGAUGAAAGAGAAAGAAGAGGUGCGAGGCCAGAGGAAGCCUGUCCCCCAACCCAGACAAAUCUUCAUGACCGUUGAGAAGAGGGCGACCUCCAGCCAGCAGACCCAGAAGACAGAGCAGGCGGGCUGGGAGGAGAGUCGGACACUGCCCCCUGAGGGUGGCCUACAGAUGGAUGAGACAGACGAAGAAGAAGACGGUAACAGUUCUGCGGCGGUGUCUCCGAGGCCACCGAGGCCACCACGCCGCAAACCUGGCAACAUAAGCUCUGCCCUCUCGCCCUCCACCUCCAGUAGCUGCGAUUCCCUGUCCGUCUCCUCCCACUCUGGAGAGGUGCCCUCCGAUUGGGAGAUAUCCGUGGAAGAGGAGACCGCCUCCUCUUCCACGGACCCCUCCUCCAGGCCGGGGGGAGCCUCCUCUGGGAAAGACCAGGAGGUUUUCCAGGGAGAUAUGGUGACUAAUGAGAUUUAUGAAAGAGGGCCCAGUUUAAAGACGCGGGCCAAGGGCCUCCAGCCCACACGCUCCUACAGACUGAGACACCGGCCUGUCCCUGAGAUUCCAGACCAAGUCAUCCUACCCCCUCCGGACUGGAUCGUGCCGCAGCCAACAUCCACAACCAGCCCCGAAGCCCUUCCCGGUGUGCCGGGUCCCAGCGCCGCCGACGGCGUGCCGACAGCCCAGCUGUGUCACAUUGUUCCUUAUGGAGAAACCUUCCUGUACAACAACCCAGACAGCCUACAGGGACGGGGUGCUAAAUUGCUGUUCAAGGCGGAAAUCGAGGAGGAGUCGAGCCCCUCCUACAGGAAGAAGCACGCUAACACCGGUGAAUCAGUGAAUGACGAUGAAAUCCCGACUCCGCCCGGUGUCCACGACAUUUACGAGGAUGAGUACUCCACAGUGGACGAGUGUGCCGCCAACCUGGAACUAUCUAACCAGGUUUGGUCCAAAGCUGCUGUGACGGCCACUGCGCCUCUCCCCCCUGGCCCCCCGCUUCCUGUGGCCCUCCCCAAGGUCGACGCCGUGACGAUGGAGGCGUGUGACCUCUACUCGGAACCCUUUGAUGCCAUUGGGGGUCUGGUGAGGAACACGCUACCCAGAAUACCCGUAGACCUCACGGACAAUAUCUCCCCCUAUGCUUGCUUCUACGGGGCCCCCAAGACUCAGUUCAAGGCGGGCUGGCUGGACAAGCUGUCUCCUCAAGGGAAGUGUGUCUUUCAGAAAAGAUGGGUGACGUUUGAUGGAGACAACCUCUUUUAUUACAACAAUGAUAAGGAGGUUUACUCCAAAGGUCUGAUCCCAUGCAGUGUGAUGAAGAAGGUACGAGCCCAAGGGGACAACCGCUUUGAAGUGGUCACCUCGCUGAGGACCUUCGUCUUCCGGGCGGAGGGGGAAGGGGAGCGUCAGGAUUGGGUCGUGGCUCUUCGGACGGGCAUGCACACCCCCACCUCCGUUUCCCAGAAGCCCCAGACGUGUGGCGCCAAAAACGGCAACGUUGAGCUGAGAGGCUACAAAGGCAGAGUUCACGUGUCCCUCACGGGAACCCGGUUCCGACUCUGCAAAUCAGAACAGGACUUCAGAGCUGGUCUUGGCAUAGCCCUGGUUGACCUAACGGGUGCCAGCCUUGAAGAUACGGACAGGAGGAGCUUCGAAAUCAGCACUCCCUUUAGAAACUUCUGCUUCACUGCUGAGUCAGAAACGGAGAAAGAGGAGUGGAUCGAAGCAGUCCAGGAAGCGAUAGCUGAAACGCUCUCCGAUUAUGAAGUGGCUGAGAAGAUCUGGUUCAACCAAUCCAACAGGACCUGUGCGGACUGCCGUGCGCCACAGCCGGAAUGGGCCUCCAUUAAUCUGGGCGUUGUCAUCUGUAAGAAGUGUGCAGGUCAACAUCGGUUCCUGGGCCCAAACCUUUCCAAAGUGCGGAGCCUGAAGUUAGACAGCAGUAUCUGGAGCAACGAGCUGGUGGAGCUCUUUCUGGAAGUGGGCAAUAAGAACGCCAACAGCUUCUGGGCUGCCAGCCUGCCGCUGGACGAGGAGAUUCACAUGGGGGCGACGCCCGAGCAGAGGGCCACGUUCCAUCGCAGGAAGUACAGGGAGAGGAAGUACUGCAGGGUUCUGGAGGGCCUUCGCAGCCAGGAGGAGCUCAACCAGGCUCUGUGUGCUGCGGUGGUCUUGCCCGACGUGAUGGAGACCAUGGCGCUGGUGUACAGCGGAGCUGACGUGAUGUGUGCCACGGGGGACCCCGUUUGCUCCACCCCCUACCUCCUGGCCCAGAGGGCAGGCCAGAGAAUACAGAUGGAGUUCCUGCACCACAACAAGCUCUCAGAUUUUCCCAAGCUGGAGAGUUCCUCGGAGGCCGCUUCCCCGUCUGACGCUCCGUCCUUCAUGGACGGCUUCCUCUACUGCUCCGCCGGCCCAGCCAAGGUCACCCUGGAUCGGAGAGGCAGAGACGACAUGGCUCGGCGAUGGUGUACCUUGGAGGGGGGCUUUCUCAGCUACUAUGAGAGCGAGCGGACAGCGACUGCGACCGGCCGAGUGGACAUCGCUGACGUGGUCAGUCUGGCUGUUAACAACACCGAGACGAUGACCGGAGCCGGGGUCAUGUUCACCAUGGAGCUGUAUCUAAAGUCAGACAAAGUGCUGCUGUUUGGAGCCAAGACACUAGAGACUCAGCAGGACUGGCUCCAGGCUAUUGCCAAGUGUUUCGUUCCACUUAACGUAGAGGCCAUGCUGAGGAGAGGCUGCGAGCUGAUUGGUCGCCUCUACUUCAAGGAAGGUCAUGACCUCUACCACUGGAGGGUUGGCUGGUUCAACCUGGAAGGCUCUGUCCUGUACUUCAGCUCCGGGGAGGAGAAAGGCCAAGAGGCGGCCAUGCAGCUCAAACAACUACAGGAGCUCACUGUUUCCACUCACACAGAAGGUGAAGAGCAGAUCCAGGUCCUGCUGUUGGUGGAGGGCGGAAGAACUGUGUACAUCCAUGGUUUCAACAAAGCGGACUUUGCGCUGUGGCACUCGGCGAUCCAGCUGGCCGCCGGCACGGACGGCAGGGCGUUGGGGAACCAGCAGCUGACUAAGAACGGCGUGCCCAUCAUCGUGGACAGCUGCAUUGCCUUCGUCACCCAGUACGGGCUGUGCCGCGAGGGGGUCUAUCGCGGCCGCGGGGACCCUGGACGUGUGGCCCGGCUCCUGGAUGCCUUCAGGCAAGACGCCCGCCGCGUGAAGCUGCACAUCCAGGAGCACCAGGUGGACGACGUCACGGACACCUUGAAGACGUUCCUGUCCCAGGCGGAGGACGCCCUGCUGGCCAAGGAGAUGUACCCCUACUGGGUAUCGGCCCUAGAUGAGGUGGACGAGAAACGGAGAGUGGAGAAGUACUCUAUAUUCAUCCAGGCUCUUCCCAAGGUCAACAGGUCCACGCUGGCUGCCCUGCUACAGCACCUCUAUGGGCUCCAGAAGUGCUCCCAUAUCAACCAGAUGCAAACCAGAGACCUGGCCAGCGUCUUCUCCUCCUGCCUGUUCCAGACCGAUGGACAGACCCCACUGGAGGUCAGCGUGGUCCAAGACCUCAUCAACAACUAUGUGCAACUUUUUGGGGUCAAUGAGAACCAACUCAAGCAGAUGGAGAAGGAGAACAGUUUUAUCACAAGAUGGAAUGAAAGGAAGGACACCACGUUCUCUCCAGCUGGGGAUUUGAUCUUCGAGGUGUACCUGGAAAGGAGGUUGCCAGAGAAUUGCUGUUUAAUCAAGGUGUCUCCGUCCAUGCGCUCCGACGAGCUGGCAGAGUCCGCGCUGGUCAUGAGGAAUGUGGUCACGAAUCCUCCCCACCUUUGGACUACGUUCGAGGUCAUCGAGAACGGCGAACUGGAACGUCCGUUGCACCACAAAGAGAAAGUUCUGGAGCAAGUACUGGAAUGGAGCAGUCUGGAUGACCCCAGCUCUGCCUUCCUGGUAAUCAAGAAGUUUGGGGAAGACAAAAUGGCUGAUGCUCCUACAGGGAACAAGCAGAAGCAGUUGAUCAGAGGGGAACAGGUGAAGUUCAGUGAUGGGUCCUCCAAGCUGCUUUCUGGCCAUAAAUUCCAAGACAGAUACGUCAUCCUCCGAGAUGAGAAGCUGCUACUGUACAAAGAAAUUAAAAGCACUAAGCCAGAGAGGGAGAUCUCCUUGAAGUUUGUUAAGUGUUACCUGGGCCUGAAGAGGAAGCUCAAACCGCCCACCAGCUGGGGCUUCACGGUCUACUCAGACAAACUGCAGUGGCAUUUCUGCUGUGAAGGAAAGGAGUCUCAGAUAGGAUGGGUAAACGACAUCAUCACAAUGAAGCAUGGAGGAGGCUUCUGUUCAAAGAACAGAGAUGAGGGAAGAUCCACAGUUCACGCAAGAGUCUCAGCAGCCCCUCAGAGUCCACAGAACACUAAACGCAAAUAUUCAGUUGAAAAGAUCUCCCUGAACAUCGGAGAUAUGAAAACAAGGGCCAGCGAAGACACCGGCGGUCUCCAGCGCAAGUCAGCCCUGGUGGCUGACUGCUUGAAAAAGAAAGAACGCCUGUUGCCCCGUGAGACUGUUCAGAGAAGAGCCUCUGCCGGGGCGAUCCAGGCCCUGCACAGCCCGUCCCCGGGCGUCGAGCCCCAGCGGAGUGUCUUUAAGAGCCCCAACCGGAGGCCUGGGCUGGGGAGAGACAGGGCUUUAAUGCCCCCCAGUCUACUCAACGAACUUAACUCUGUACUGAGCAAGACGGGCCGUAGCGCCAAAGAGGAGAAGAGCUGAGAGGUCGAGAUACACACAGAG